CAAUCCAAGAAGAAGAAAACCUGGAGUUUGAGGAGAUGAAGCUAAUAAGGUUGUAAGAACUGAUCGAAGCGGAAGUGGUUUAAUUUUGGUUUGAACUUAACACUGGAUCAUGACUCGGAAGAAGAUAAAGAUAAAGAAGAUCGACAACAUUGCAGCGAGGCAGGUAACAUUCUCUAAGAGGAGAAGAGGGCUUUUCAAGAAAGCUGAAGAGCUUGCCGUCCUUUGUGACGCCGACGUCGCCCUCAUCGUCUUCUCCGCUACCGGCAAGCUUUUCGAUUUCGCUAGCUCUAGCAUGAAGCAUAUCCUUCAAAAAUAUGUGUCUCAUUCAAGUAACAUCGAGAAGUACCCACCUCUUCAAUUUCUGCAGCAAGAGAAUAGCCUUCAAGUAAGAUUAAGCAAGGAGAUUUCUGACAAGACUCGUGAGCUCAGGCGGAUGGGAGGUGAAGAGCUUGAAGGAUUAAGCUUAGAGGAACUAGAAGAACUGGAGAAAAAGCUUAAAGUUGGAUUAAACCGUGUGUCUGAGACCAAGGAUGAACAGUUGAGGAAUGAGAUUGCCACACUUCAAUACAAGGGUUCUGAGCUCAUGGAAGAAAAUAAUCAGUUGAAACAACGAGUUGCAAAUGACAGACGAAACGGGCGGAUUGUUGGUGACAUUAUGGAUCGCAUGAUCCAAGAAGAUGGUGAGUCCAUCACCAAAAAUAGCACCACCCAGCCGCCGCUUCUGCAGGCUGCUGACUGCUCAGAUACAAUGCUGAAACUCGGGCUACCCUUUCACUAGCUGAACAAGACCAUCAGAAAUAAUGCACAUAUAUGCCCAGGAAGCUGGAGAGUAUAUGUAUAAUUAAGGUUGUCUG